UUCGUAGUAUCGCUGUCCCUUCUCCACUGUUCUCUGCUCCCAGACUUCACUCUGUCCACCGCUUUUCCACGGCAUUACUUCAAAAACAGUUAUUUCCACCACCAGCACCAUGGCUUCUGGAAAUGCUAAGAUCGGCCAGGCCGCCCCCAACUUUCAGGCCACAGCACUACACAUUGAUGGAUCCUUCAAAGAGAUAAAGUUAUCAGAUUACAAAGGAAAGUAUGUGGUGCUCUUUUUCUACCCUCUGGACUUCACCUUUGUUUGUCCCACUGAGAUCGUGGCCUUCAGCGAUCGAUCUGAUGACUUCCGUCAAAUCAACUGUGAAGUUAUUGGAGCCUCUGUUGACUCUCACUUCUGUCACCUUGCCUGGACCAACACACCAAGGAAACAGGGAGGCUUGGGUAAAAUGAAAAUCCCUCUUCUUGCAGAUCUUACCAAAUCUAUCUCAAGAGACUAUGGUGUGCUCAAGGAGGAUGACGGCAUUUCAUACAGGGGUCUGUUCAUUAUCGACGACAAGGGCAUUCUGAGACAGAUCACCAUCAAUGACCUGCCCGUGGGUCGAUCUGUGGACGAGACCCUGCGUCUGGUCCAGGCUUUCCAGUACACUGACAAGCAUGGAGAAGUCUGCCCUGCUGGUUGGAAACCUGGCAGUGACACAAUCGUCCCAGAAGUUGGGAAGAGCCAAGCUUACUUCUCCAAGCAGUAAAAACAAACAUUUGCCUCUGGUUUCCAAACAUCGCACUUGCCACAAAUGAUUCCUAGCAGUUGCGUCCAUUUAUAUGAACACAUAUGGGGUUAAAUAAUGCUUUUUCUUGUCCAGUGUAGAAGGGUUGGACUGACCUCAUAGUCUAAAGCACUGAAGUUAGUUGUUCUGAAGGUAGUUGUUGUUUUACAAAAAUGAUCAAUAUUUGUCCUUUCUAA